AUGGUGAACUUUUUGCGAUCAUCGUUGUCAGUCCUGGCCGUUUCGCUUCUGGCGCAACAGGGACUCUCUCUGGUGUUCGAAGAUGCCGAGGCGCCUGCCGCCGUCAAUUCGUUGGCCGGAAGAGGAGAUGAUUCUAUCUAUUCGCUCUUUGACCGCCUGAAGAAAGACUCAUGGUACUGGCACGGGUCCCAAAAUGGCCACAAGACGCUGGCCAACCUCACUGUCGACCUCGGCGAAGAUGAAGCGAGCAUUGUCUCGAUGGAACGGUUCCGUCACCUGUUGAAGUCCGUCGACUGUGCUAAAGACGGCAUGACUAUGGAGUUCAACGACUCCAAGGCGUUCGCACACACCCAGAAGGGAUGGCAGUGGGUCAACGACGACGAUGACCGGAAACUCGUCCUCGUCGCUGGGAAGAAACACUGCAGUUGGAACGACCACAGGACUCCUUUCGUGGUCUCAUCGAUCACCUUCGACAAGGACGCGCUGAAAGCGAAGCUGACCGGCGUGGAAUCGACAUGGAAGCGUCUCUUCCGCAACUACGAGCUCACGGUGGGCAAUGACCCUGAAGCAUCCACAAAGCGAGAAUGGAGCCCCACCGCAUCCCUCAGCUUCGACCACAAGAUCCCCUUCACCCAAUCGUUCCCGAUUCCCAACUCCGGUGUCUCGGUCGAGAUUUCCUGCGACGAUUGUAAAACGGAGGGAUCGUUCGACUUUGGAAUCCACCUUAAAACCAAAGACGGCCUUCCAAAGGACGCAUCACUAACGCUCUCACCAAACGGGGUCAGUGCGAGCUUAACGCCGCGCCUUGCAUUGAGUGGCAAUUUGCACGAGGAUUUGGGCGAUGAGUACGAGAUUGCCACGAUCCCGGUCAAUGGUAUCACCAUCCCUGGAGGUGUCCUCGAUCUUGGCCCGCAAAUUGUCUUCAGCGUUGGAUAUUCCAUCGGGCUCAUCAAAGGCUCCGCAGGGAUUACCGGUGGAGUUGAAAUGAGUCUCAAGGAUUCGGCGGAGCUUGAAAUCGACAUGCUGCAUCCAGAUGUCUCCGCGGGUGGUUGGACACCCGAGCUGGAGCUUGUGCCUGUGUCGCUUGAUGGGAAGAUCGAAACAAAAGCGGAGGUAUACGGCAAAGCUGCAGUGCAAUUUGCCGCGUCUAUCCUUGAUCACGGCUUUCAAAUUGGCGUCAACAUGAAGCCUUCUAUCUCGGAGACUAUCUCGGCCUCUGCCGACACCAAUGGUGCUUGCGCUGAUGACAAGGAACACCACCGGUACGGCGCGAACGUGGUUCCUGCUGUCGGAGUCAGCAUCAAUGUAGACGUUUCAAAGGCGGAUGAGCCCGAAGACGCAAUCAUCCAGUAA